CUCACACACCAACACUACAAAGUUGCAAACGUGGUGCAGCUGCAGUUCGCUUAUAUUGUUCUUUACCUGCUUUCUGAUCAGAAUAAUGGCUGGUGAGCUCAGGCCGCGACUGCCGGCGGCAGCUGCUCUUCUCAUGGUGGCGUGCCUGGUUCUUGCCACCGCGGCAGCUGUGAGUGGCGCCAGACCGCUCGCUAUGCCGGAGGAAGAUGGCCCUGCUCGCGCGGCGGUGGAAUCGCCGGCGGGAGAUGUUAUCCAGACGAUGGCGAGGGCGAUCGAGCGCAGGUUAAUGUUCGACGUCUCCCUGCUCAGCGGGAUCAAGGACGCCGGGCCCAGCCCAGGCGCGGGCCAUUAGCUUAAGGCGCCUUUGGCUUGCGGCAAAAACUCGGGACAUCGUCAUGGGAUGUUGCGCGCGAGAGCCGAUUUGUGUAUAGGCACGCUUGCUAGAAACGGCCGUAUGUAAUUGAUUAAUUAUGUUCAUAUUUGCUUCUUUAGUUUGUUUCCAAGAAAUUAGUGCCCUCACAAAUAGUUCAUCUGCUCUAGCAGGCGCCCUAGAUUUUGAGCUUUUAAAUGUCAUAACUCGUAAGCAUGCUAAGUAAGUUAGACGUCCUAACUGUAUGAUAUGUGUACUUUUCUUUACACCUAAAGUCCUGCUUCUAAAUGGGCCAAGAAUAUUUUUUUCUCCUUUUCUUUCUUUUGUUCUCUCCUUCCACCGUCCCCUCCUCCAUCUCUCUAUGGGCCCGAUCAUUAUCAGAGGGAGUGGCCCUCCACACGAGCCUAGGUUCUUGGAAGCCAUCCUCCUACCACCGUAACUUAUUUGCCGAUCUCACGGAGGGGCGCUAUGGAUUAGGCCCAUAUGUCAUGCCUGGCCACAUCCCCAUCUAGAAUAUGAGGUGGAACUAUGUGUCCCGUAUGUCGGUGGUGAGGCCAUCC